AUGCGCAGUCAGCUUGACGCGCUCUCCUGUCGGCGUACACUUCUCCUCUUCAUGCAGAUUCAUUUGCGAGGUGGGCUGACAGAUGGUGGGUGUGUUCAUGCGGCUCCGCCUUGGUUUAGAGAUGCCUACCUGCCUGAGGGCCAACGGGAAGCCGCUGUCGAAAAUGCCGGACAUGGCUGCAUACCACGGCGCCGUAAGUGGGGCUCCGGCCUCCGGAGCGACGGAGCCAGAAUUGGGAGGGCGGCACUAACUAACAAGACGCCAUCGAGAGCGGCGUUGGACGACAAAGGCCACUCCGGUCUCAAAGUUCAAGUCUACAACGGAGAAUUGCGUUUGAAUGACCAGGUGGCGGCCUAG